UUCAUCUCUUAAAUUGCCGGUGCGCUGCUUAGCCAGAAUGAUUUCUUCAGCACAAAGCAGUUCAGCUGUCAGAGCUGAUGAGAGUAGUGUGCUGUUCCAAGAAGUAGGAAGCAGUGGUAUUAUUGUACUGAACAGACCAAAAGCCUUGAAUGCUUUAAACUUGUCCAUGGUACAACAAAUUUAUCCAAAGCUGAAAGAGUGGGAAUCGACAAAAAAUUUAGUAAUUAUAAAGGGAACUGGUGAUAAAGCGUUUUGUGCUGGAGGUGAUGUCAAGUCUCUAGUUUUAGCCUUGGCUCAACCAGGUGGUGACCAGCUGGGGAAAGAUUUCUUUAAAAAUGAGUACAUUUUGAAUCAUCUUAUUGGUACAUACAAAAAGCCGUAUGUGGCCUUAAUUCAUGGCAUAACAAUGGGAGGAGGAGUUGGUUUAUCUGUACAUGGAAAAUAUAGAAUAUCAACUGAGAAAACGUUGUUUGCCAUGCCAGAAACGGCAAUUGGUUUAUUUCCAGACGUUGGUGGCACUUACUUUUUAUCCAGGCUAAAAGGACAACUUGGAGUAUAUUUAGGCUUGACUGGACACCGAUUAACGGGUGUUGAUGUAUUGCUUGCUGGUAUUGCAACUCAUUAUGUCCCCUCUGAUAAGUUGGAAGAUGUAAGCCAGGAACUACUAGCAAAUAAUUCUAAUGUAGAUGAAAUUCUAAAACCGUACUCUCCAGAUAAUGUCAAACAAGAAUUUAGUUUGGCUUCUCAAUUAAAUUUAAUAAAUGAAUGUUUUUCUGCUCCAACUGUUGAAGACAUUAUUAACAGACUCAAGACAAAUAAAUCCGAGUGGGCGUUAAAAGUUGUAGAAACGUUAAAUAAAAUGUCUCCUACUGCUUUGAAGGUAACGAAAAAAGCAAUUGAAGAAGGCAGAAAGAAAAGUUUAGCAGAGUGCUUGGUUACAGAAUACAGAUUGGCUUGUACAAGUCUAAACAAAAACAGUGACUUUGCAGAAGGUGUAAGAGCAUUACUAAUUGAUAAGGAUCAAAAUCCAUCUUGGAAUCCUAAGACUCUAAGUGAUGUUUCAAACGUACUUAUUGAACAACGAUUUGCUCCUUUGUCACCUCAAAAUGAAUUGACAGUUGCUAAAUUGUAAAUGUUAACGUUAUCAAAAAUAAAUUUUAUAUUUUCCUACAAAUUGUUUUCUAACUGUUUGUAACAUUUCAGUCUCAUGCAGGUUAAUUCUCGUAUUGAAAAAAAAAAAUUUUCCUAAAAAUAUAAAGUAAUAUUUAAAAUAAGAAAAUCCAAUUUUUUAUUAAUGUAACAUUAACUUAGAGAAUAGUGCAUGUUAACUGCGUUGUAACAUUGUAGAUGUACAAAAUUACAUCAGUCAAAUCUAAAUUAACUAAUCACACUAACUUUCAAUAAUUUUUUACGAUAAUUUAUUGAUUUAGGUUUGUAUU